AUGAUACGUCCUCCACGUUUUGAAUUCUUCAAACAAGAAUUACAGCUGAGCGAUAAAACUAUAGUUGACUGGUCAAGUUUUUGCCGUGAGGUGUGCGUUAUGUGGCUUGAGGCUCAACAAAAUCCGAUUGGCGGAAAAGGAAUUGUUGUCGAGAUAGAUGAAGCCAAAAUUGGUAAACGCAAAUACAAUCGUGGGCGUCUAGUUACAGGUAAAUGGAUUUUUGGUGGCUUUGAGCGUGGUACAGGCAAAGCUUUCAUUGUACCGGUCAAAAAUCGCACCGCAGAAACAUUAUUAAGUGUUAUAAAACAGUGGAUUUUGCCAAAAACUACAAUAAUAUCAGAUAUGUGGCGGGCUUAUGAUUGUUUAAAUAACGAAGGCUUCAUCCAUUUAACUGUAAAUCACUCAAUGAAUUUUGUAGAUCCAGAAACUGGAGCUCAUACCCAGAAUAUUGAACGAACAUGGCGAGAAGUUCGAGCCAAUAUUCCGCGAUACGGCACACGAGAGAAACACCUCAUCGGAUACAUGGCAGAAUUUUUUUUUAAACGACAAUACAAGUUUGACGACCGAAUAGUCAGUUUCUUUGAGGCUGUCGGGAAAUUUUUUCCCCCAGGAUCGAAUACAACUAAUCCAUAA